CCGGGUUGACAUCAGAGGUGAACUUUUCCUCUCGAAUCUCGACUGGAGCGACUCUGGACGUGGGAUGUUUUGGGGGGUCGUUUAGCGGGAUAAGGAUGUGAUGGGAGCGGCGGUUCUAACGGAGGAACACGUCCUUGUUACAUGAUAAGAGAGAAAAAUGGAGAAUGCAAGUGACUUCAACGCGACUGCUCCUUUAAUUUCCGCCGGAGCUCUGCGAGCGCAGAUUGUUGAGAACCCGCUGCAGGCCUGUUGGAGUUGGAGCACAGCUCACGUUUGUAACUAUCUCCUGGGAAUCAUCAUCUCCAUAUGUGGGAAUGUCCUCAUCAGCGUUUCACUCAACAUACAGAAAUACGCCCAUGUCCGUCAGGCUCAGCGUGGCUCCAAACCGUAUUACACGUCGAGGUUAUGGUGGUCUGGUGUCGUCCUGAUGGGUGUCGGGGAGCUGGGGAACUUUGCAGCCUAUGGUUUUGCCCCAGCAUCGCUGAUUGCCCCACUGGGCUGCGUGUCUGUGAUAGCCAGCGCUGUUAUAUCUGUGGUUUUCCUCAAGGAGACGGUUCGAGCUUCUGAUGUAGUUGGUGGCAGCCUGGCCAUAACUGGAACGUACCUCCUGGUGACCUUUGCCCCUCACGCAUCCACACACAUCACGGCUCAUCUGGUCCAGUACUAUGCCAUCAGCUGGCACUUCCUGCUUUACCUCUUCAUCGAGGUCGUCCUGUUCUGCAUUCUGCUCUAUCUGUACAAGAGGAGGGGUGUGAAGCACAUUGUCAUUGUGAUGCUGCUGGUGGCCCUGCUCGCCUCCCUUACGGUCAUCUCGGUCAAAGCCGUGUCAGGGAUGAUCACAGAGUCGAUAACGAGCCAGCUGCAGCUCAUCUAUCCCAUCUUCUACGUAAUGCUUGUCGUCAUGGUGGCCUCUUGCGCUUUCCAGAUCAAAUUUCUCAAUCAGGCAAUGAAAAUGUUUGACGCCAUAGAGGUGGUUCCCAUCAACUUUGUGUUUUUCACUGCGAGUGCCAUUAUUGCAGGGAUAAUAUUUUACCAGGAAUUUGAAGGUUUGGCUUUGCUGAAUAUAUUUAUGUUCUUAUUUGGCUGUCUUCUGUCCUUCAUCGGAGUUUUCCUGAUAGCCAGAAACAGACCAAAGAUAAAGCAACAAGAUCGCACUUUUAUUCCAAUGGACAAGAUUCCUGGGAAAAGGAACAUAGACAAAGUGCAGCCCGAGGCAAAGACCCAAACAUACGGAUCACUGGCAGCCAAGCUCAUGUGCAACAGAGCCGGCCAAACAGACGACUGAUAGGAAGCCUCUCCAUCUGUCAGGACUGCUGCUUUACUCGGUUUGGGAGUGAGCUCAUUUUACAGGGUUCAACAAAAUGUCUUAUUAAAAACAGCACAAAUCUAGAAGAGAAAUAUUUCUCUGUAUAAUUGUCACCAGUCUGGAAUAUCCUGAUGAGGAAAGAUUAUUUGAAAAUUAAACUCUUCAUGAUGGCACUAAAAUGUCAUAUCCUUCAUUGGCUGCAAUAAGAUAAAAAAAAAAAGAAUAUAAGCAGGUUUUUGCAGACCUGAUGUCUCAAUAGUCUAUGAAUCAAAAGUGCACUGCUGCCCUCUAAUGGUAGGAAAAGAACACCUGAUUGCACUUGUUAUUCUUUAAUGAUCAAAUGUAAAUUUACAUAAUUUAAAAAGAGAAAAAGUAAACUUUAAAGCAGU